GUAGGUACCAAACAUUCAUCUCGUUCAGUGUCAAGUGAAUUGAAUUAAACAACUCCAAAAAUUUAAUUGAGACCUACCUACUCUGCCAGCCUAAGUAAGAAAGCCGUAUCAGCCACCAAAGUUGCCCAAUUUUCUUUGACAAAUCACGAAUUUUCAGGUUGUUUGGACAUAUCUAUAGUAACCAAAAGCAGCCAUGAGCCUGAAGCCUAUUGAACCACAACCUCACCAGCCCAUUGUUCAAGGGUAUGAUAAUUACCUCCUCCAACUGACACCACUUCAAGAGGCUACCCUUGAGGAGGAGUUCGCCCGAACAAAAAGUAUCCAUGAAGCAGAUUUGGCCAUUUUGGCCGCUGAAAUCGGUCUCGAUGAAACAGAAGCUCAGAUUUGGUACACACGCCGGCUGGCUAUGUGGAGGCACCAACAAGGACUAUCUGACAACUUUGGGACCCUAUAAAUUUUACUCACUGGAAUGAGACGCUGAUAAUCACGAUCCGUUUCAACUGUAUAAAUUAUACUUGUACAAACAAAUUGUUAAUUAAUUUAUUAUAUAUUAUAUUUUUACUCUAA